AUACUAGAGGACCACAACGAAUCUAAAUCACGCCUUCAGCUUGUUCUUUUUGAUGCCGCGAUCGAACACCUGACACGCAUUGAGCGUAUUCUUCGCAUCGACGGUGGACAUGCUCUUUUGGUUGGUGUUGGUGGAUCAGGGAAGAGCAGCCUGACGAGACUAGCUGCUUACGCAGCGCAAUGCGAUGUCUUUGAGAUCCGCCUGAGCCGUGGCUAUGGGGAACGAGAGUUUCGUGAAGACAUCAAGGCUAUGUACAACCGCCUCGGCUUGGAAAACCGAAGCACAGUCUUCAUGUUCGGUGAUCAACACGUUGUGGAGGAAAGCUUUUUGGAGUUGGUGAACAACAUGCUGACUUCAGGUAUGGUGCCAGCAUUGUUCACGGAUGAAGAGAAGGAAGGCAUAGUGGAAGCCCUUCGGGCCGAGGCUACUACGGCUGGCAUUCCAUCAACACGCGAAGCCAUUUGGCAGUACUUUAUCCGCAAAGCGGUUGGAAACCUGCACAUUGUACUCUGCAUGAGUCCAGUCAGUUUAACCUUUCUGGUUUAA